AUGAUGCCAUCACAACGGAAGAUCUCACAUGCACAAGCAUUGGAAAUUGAUUUAGCUUAUGAUAGUGGUAUAAAAUUGAAAGAUUUGUUUGAGUUUAUGGGUAGGCAAGCCGAUGGGAAAGAUGUUCUUGGUUACACCAAGCAAGAUCAUAAGAAUUACAUUCACAACAAACGACAACGAGAGCUGAAAUAUGAUGCGCAAAUGAUUGUUGAUUAUAAGUUAUUUGGUGAUGUAGUUUCUUUUGAUACGACAUACAGAACUAAUAAGGAAUAUCAACCGCUUGCAAUGUUUGUUGGGUUUAAAUUGUUUAAUCAUCAUAGAGAGGUUGUGAUAUUGGGAUUGCUCUUCUAUACGAUGAAACUAUAG